ACUGCGCUGGUGAACAAAUUUCCAAACACAAUUAUUCAUAAAUUUUUCGUUUCUCUUCUGCCAUGUCGCAUUACUACAAGGAGCUAAAGAGCGAGUGGGAGAAGCGUGCCCCGAAUCUGGCUCGGUGCGGUCAGCUGCUGGACGUGUUGAAGCUGGAGCUGGUGCGGGUGGGUUUCGCCAGUCCCCAGGAGGCCCUGCAGCCCAAGUCGCAGCAGCAGAUGGUCAUGUCCCGCGACAUGCUGGAGAUUGCUGUCGAACACAGCAUCACCGUCAAGGACUAUGCUGCCUUUGAGCGCUAUAUGGCCCAAUUGAACAUGUACUACUACGACUAUGACAAGUAUCUGCAGGCCUCGUCACAGAUGUACAAGUUUCUGGGCCUGAACCUGCUCUAUAUGCUGGCCCACAAUCGUAUCGCCGACUUUCACAUUGAGCUGGAGCGUCUGCCGUCGGCUCUUCUGCUGGAGAAUCCGUUCAUACAGCCCGUGCUGGCCUUGGAGAACUAUUACAUGGAGGGCCGCUACAACAAGAUAUUGCAGGCCAAGCGAUCCAUGCCCUCGGCCAUCUAUGCCAGCUUCAUGGACAUGCUGGUGAACACGGCUCGCGACGAGAUCGCAUCCUGCAUGGAGAAGUCGUACGAUAAGAUGUCGCCAAAGCAGGCGGCCCUGCGUCUCGGCCUAAAGCCCGGUGGUGCUGACGUGGCUGCCAUAGCCAACAAACGCAGCUGGCCACUCGACGAUCAGGGAAACUAUAACUUUAUUGGAUUGCACACCAAGCCCAAGGAGAUGGUCUCGGCCAAGGAAAUUGCCGGGAAUACCUUAACCUAUGCCCAUGAGUUGGAGAAAAUUGUUUGAAUUGUUUCAGAGCGAAAUAAAACUAAUGUCUUUUCUAUUCGCAUCAGGCAGAAAAUGUA